GGUGCCUACACACCUUCAACUGCCCUGCUUGCCUGAUACUUCCAAUCUAACCAGGCCGAGGCAUUCGGUCAAGACUCUACCAUGCAUAAGCCCCGCAAAGCUCGGCCAUGGGUGGAGUUUUACUAGUAUCUAACUCCGGAGACCAUGUGAAUCUGAUCGGCAAGAUAUGAUGUUUCUUUCGCUUUUCCUCAUCUACUUCUGCUUGUGACCAUCAGCUCUUUGUGCAUGUUCAGACUGCAAUAUUCUUCAACCAUGAUGAAAUAUUUCUCACGGUUGGUAUCGUUUGAAUCAGAAGAUGGACAAAAGAGAUUCUUCGCCGAUCUAGGAUCCGUCUCCGAUGUUCCCGCGCAAGGGGCUUCCAUCUCUGCAUAUGAGUCCUUUCAGGAUCUUCUCGAGGGCAAAAACGAAGUUACCGCUGUAAUUGGAAAGCUCCUCGCGCCUAUUCCUCGACAUGAUUUGCCCAUAUACUGCGUGGGACUGAAUUACAGAAGUCAUGCGAAAGAAGCAAAUCUUAACAUUCCCACCAAUCCACCAUUAUGGACGAAGCCUGCUGCAGCACUAGCAUCACCAGACGAGGACAUCAACAUGAGCAGAUACUGUACCUCCAACUUUCCCGAUUGGGAGGGAGAACUGGUGUUCGUUACGUCAAAAGAAUGUCGCGACGUCUCGGCAGAUGAAGCAGAAUCCUGUAUUCUCGGCUACACCAUCGGCAAUGACCUCUCAUGUCGCGUGUUUCAGCUACCAGCCCAGAACGGAGGCCAAUUUUUCUACGCAAAGGCAUUUGACAAGUUUGCUCCCAUCGGUCCCGUCCUAGUCAGCCCCGAGGUUUUGACGCAGGGAAGAGAAUGGAGACUUGUGACGAAAAUCAAUGGCGAGGUCAUGCAGGACGCGGAUAUCAAGAAGGAUAUGGUAUUCUCGGCAGCACAGAUCUUGAGCUUCAUGAGUCAAAGUACGACAAUCCCAGCAUACACGGCUGUCAUGACAGGAACUCCUUCUGGGGUUGGAGCCUUUCGAGCGCCAAAGCGGUUUUUGAAUCACGGAGAAGUUGUGGAGAUCGAGAUAUCUAAUAUUGGCAUCUUGAAGAACAAAAUCCUCUUUCCAGCGGGAAAGCAACCAGUAUUGUGAGACACGGCUCCGCCAAUAUUGUUGGUCCGAUUGUCUGGCUGAUCAAUGUUUUUCAAAGUUUGACAUAUCUACGACUUCUGUAUUCAAUGAUCGUCCACAAGAUGUGUCUGCUGUGGUGACAUCGGGUCCUUCCAAAAGGAUGUCGCGGUACGCCUAUAAACAAGACUUUGGGCAACACAUGUAGCAUCAGAAGAAGUAUGAGCAAAUGUCAGCAUGAUACUAUCAGCCACACCGAACAAAGGCUCAACUUCACCCAUGCUGUCCCUUUCAUAAAUCCUUGCAUCAUCAGUCAGCGUGGUUGUAUUCAUCCUCCCAAAUAUGGCAAUGAAGGAGAUAUCAAAUCAACCAUCGUGUUCUGGAUCAAAACUCCCUGUUACUAUCGGCGAACGGUAUCCCGCGAUAUCCUGCGACAGGCUGACGAGGGGC